AUGUUGAGUGAAGACGCGUCCACGUGUGGAUCAGCCCCCACAAACGACACGUGUAGAGAGGGCCAGGCUGGUUCCACCGAGGAGCGGGCCCACAAUCAUAGAGACACGUGCCUAAACCCUGGAAUCACAUGCCCAAAUAUCGUGGCCCAACUUCAACCACUCAGCACGCUCCACGGACACCUAUCUUUCCCCCACCAACUUUUGCGUAAUGGGCCCCGCCACAUAGCACGUGCGCAACCUCACGUGACCCCACCUCUUUCGUUGACGAACCAAUAA